AUGAGUCAAGACGAUAUUCUUCAAUCAACAAAAACAGUCAUUCAAGGACUUGAAGCUUUGAAAAAUGAACAUGGCAAAAUGUUAGAGAAUAUUCUUGAAACACCGCCAACAUCGCCGAAAGAUGCGAAUAAAAUUGAAGAAAAAGCAGGUUUAUUACGCAAAUCUAUGGAUAUGAUUGAAUUAGGUAUCGGCGAAGCGCAAGUAAUGAUGCAAUUAGGCAAUCAUCUUCAGAAUCUGGAAGCCGAAAAACACAAACUGCGCACUCAAGUCAAACGUUUAUGUCAAGAAAACGCCUGGCUUAGAGACGAACUAGCCACAUCCCAAAAGAAAUUGCAUGACUGCGAACAAUCCAAUGCCUCGUAUUCCGUCGAACUUGAACAUUUGAAAUUUCUCAAAGAUGUCAAACAGUACGACGUCAAUGAUAACAAUUCCUCGACAACAAAUACAUCUUCUGGUCAAACAGCAGAUCUCGUCAAUGAUCUCUUUCCAACAGACGACGAUGCGUAUAUGGACCAACAGAGCGUUCAAGAAAGAAAUCAAUCGUAUGCUGAUUUGAUGAUGACGCCAUCGCAGUCAGCAAGUGGCUCAUUCAUUUCUUCAACUGGCUAUGAAAUACCUGCACGAUUGAAAACUUUGCAUAAUCUUGUCAUACAAUACGCAUCUCAAGGUCGAUAUGAAGUCGCAGUGCCUCUGUGUCGACAGGCACUUGAAGAUUUGGAGAAAACGUCCGGCCAUCAACAUCCUGAUGUGGCUACGAUGUUAAAUAUCCUGGCACUUGUCUACCGUGAUCAAUCUAAAUUUAAAGAAGCUGCUGCGCUGCUUAAUGAUGCAUUAGCUAUACGAGAAAAAACUCUCGGCCAUGACCAUCCAGCUGUAGCAGCAACUUUAAAUAACUUAGCUGUGCUCUAUGGUAAACGAAAUAAGUUCAAAGAAGCCGAAGUUCUAUGUAAACGUGCGUUGGAAAUACGAGAGAAGUGUCUUGGUUCAGUGCAUCCCGAUGUUGCUAAACAACUGAACAAUCUCGCCCUACUUUGCCAAAAUCAAGGCAAAUAUGAUGAAGUAGAAUCGUAUUAUAAACGUGCUAUCGAUAUCUACACGAAGACACUUGGUAUCGACGAUCCAAAUGUUGCGAAGACGAAAAAUAAUCUCGCAUCCGCCUAUCUUAAACAGCAAAAAUAUAAAGAAGCUGAGCAAAUCUACAAAGAUGUUCUCACACGAGCACAAGAAAAGGAUCCUUCAAAUAAACCUCCAGUUCCUGGUCAACAACAAGAAAACUCAAGCGGAGCAACAGGUGGAAACUAUGAUGCUCAAGGUGGAUGGUAUAAAACAAUCCUAAGCGAUCAACCGACAGUGACAACUACGCUGAAAAAUUUAAGUUUAUUAUACCGCCGACAAGGUAAAUAUGAAGCCGCUGAAACAUUAGAAAAUUGUGCAGCUAAAGCACGAAAAGAUCCUCAAGCGAUUAUUCAAGCACUUAAUAUUGUUAAACAAACGAACUUGAAUACUCAACAACAACCGCCGCCAUCGUCAACUUCCUGA